AUGGUUCAAGCAUUAUUUGAUGAAUUGGGUAAAUGGGAUUUUUCUUUCGACGUAGAACGUGAUAGAGACGUCCAUUUGACUCAUUUGUUUUUUGCACAUCCUUCUUCAAUUGCACUAACCAAGAGUUAUCCAUAUGUCUUUGCAAUGGAUUGCACAUAUAAGACAAACAAAUAUAAGAUGCCAUUGCUUGAUAUAGUGGGAGUUUCAAGUUUUAAUGGAUCAUUUUAUUCUUGUUUUGCCUUCAUGCAAAAAGAGGAAGAAGGAGAUUAUGUGUGGGCAUUGGAAAGAUUCAAAAAACUUUUGGGUCAUGACCAACAACCUUUGGUGAUUUUAUCAGAUAGAGAAUUAGCACUAAUGAAUGCUAUUCAACUUGUUUUCCCAAGAACUGCUCAUGUUUUAUGUGUGUGGCACAUUGAAAAAAAUGUUUUAUCGAAAUGCAAGUCACAAUUUGAAAGUGGAAAAGAUUGGGAGACUUUUUUAUCAACUUGGACUAAUGUGAUUGAGUCGGUUGAUGAAUCUUCCUUUCAUGAAGCUUGGCAUCUACUUGAAGUUCAAUACAAGGAGAAGGAAUAUGUUAUCAAUUAUCUCAAGAAUACUUGGCUCCCUUUCAAAGAGAGAUUUUUUCCACAGACGAAGAUUGCUAGUGAAAAGCUUCGCGUUACCCAUAAAUUUCAAAUUCCUAUGUUAAAAGAACUUGUUAGUCAUGUUUCCUUCUUUGCACUUGGAGAGCUUUUCAAGCAAUGUGAAUUGGCUUGGAUAGAUUAUGUCUUGGGUCUUUGUACUGGCCAUUUUUCCAGAACCAUGGGUCUACCUUGUGCACACAUGAUGAGAGAUAAGAAAGAUGGAACUUUGCUACUUGAUGAUAUACAUCCACAAUGGAGAAUUGAUAGAUCCUUUAUUGAUAUGGAUGGUGGAGUAGACACAAAUGGGAGUGAAAUUGCAAGUCUUCUCAAGAGGUUCCAUGAUAAAUACAAACAAAUGCCUCUUGCUCAAAAAGAAGAUAGCCACAUGCGAAUUGCUAAACUUGUUGACGGUGAAAUUCCGUUGACUCUUGAACCUAACAUUCAUCCCCACAAAGGACGCCCAUUGGGUUCAAAGAAAAGAAAGAGAGAUUCCUCUACCACAUCCUUCAGCAUUUGA